AUGGCAAGGAGACCCAGCUCUACCGAGAUUCUCUCUGCCGUUGCCGUUUUCACUGCUCCAGCGGCUGCCGGGAACUCGUCCUUAUACUUGGGGUUCCCGAACUCCACUGGAACCGGCCUGGCAGCCCCUUGGGUACCGCUUGGCUUACCGGUCCACCUACCUAACCUGAACACUCUUCAGGAGAACGUGCCCUGGUACGCCUGCCAUUCUCAAGAGAUUAUUGACGCUAUGUCUUAG